AUGAAUGUGCAAGCGCAUUUUUCCGGGCAGAUCUCUGGGCAGGUUCCCAAUCAAUUGCAGCCCCAACAAAAUGGGAAUCAACAGAUGCAGGGUUUAGCCGCACCUAAUGCUCCUCCUACUGGAGCUGGUGCUGUUUCUCAUCCUAUUAAUGCGUACAGGGUUGAACCCGAGCUCCACAAAGCUCGGUUGUUUAUGCAACAAAAAAUAUUUGCAAUUAUUGUGCAGCGGCAGUCUCAGCCGGUUGGCGAUCCACAGAAAGAAAAGUUUAAGGAUAUCGCAAAACGCUUAGAGGAGGGUCUAUUUAAAACAGCUCAGUCAAAGGAUGACUAUUUGAACAUGAAUACCCUAGAGAGUCGUCUGAGUAGUCUGCUAAAGCGCACCUCUGCAAAUAACCACAAUCAACGGCAUCCUCAUCUUGUUAAUUCUUCGUCAUCCAUUGGUACCAUGAUACCAACUCCUGGUAUGUCAAAUAGUGGGAAUUCAAAUAUGAUGACUUCUUCUGUUGAUACCAUGAUGAUUACUUCCAGUGGAAGUGAUAGCAUAGUACCUACACCUGUCAACACAGGGAGCCUGUUGCCGUCUAGUGGCAUGCAUGGUGGUUCCUAUGGUAGAUCGGAUGGAAAUUUGUCUAAUGGGUAUCAGCAGUCGCCAGCCAAUUUUUCCAUUAGUUCUGGUGGAAAUAUGUCAUCUAUGGGUGUGCAAAGAAUGGCAAGCCAAAUGAUUCCAACUCCCGGAUUUAGCAAUAACAACAAUAACAACCAGUCUUACAUGAAUGUGGAAUCUUCUAGUAAUAAUGGUGGUUUUUCGACUGCUGACUCUGCUAUGGUAUCACAGCCACAGCAGCCAAAGCAGUACAUUGGCGGUCAGAACAGUCGCAUACUGGCGAACCUUGGCAGCCAAAUGGGUAGUAAUAUUAGGACUGGCUUGCAGCAGAAAUCAUAUGGAUUUGCUAAUGGGGCCCUAAAUGGGGGUAUGGGGAUGAUGGGGAAUAAUUUACCGCUUGUUAACGAGUCUGGUUCUGAGGGCUAUAUGACUUCCACACCAUAUGUGAAUUCACCUAAACCGUUGCCACAGCAGUUUGAUCAACACCAGCGACAACAAAUGCAAGGUGAUGGAUAUGGGAUGAGUAAUGCUGAUUCUUUUGGAUCUGGAAACAUAUAUGGUGCUGUAACAUCUGUUGGAUCAAUGAUGAAUGCUCAGUCUAUGUCCAAAACUAACUCUUCUCUUGUAAAUAAUCAGUCGAAUUUGCAUGCCCCUCAUCAAGCUGGACAUAUAAAGCCUCAAUCACUUGAUCAGUCUGAAAAGAUGAAUUUCCAGUCGUCACUUCAACAGCAGCAACUUCAGCAACAUUCUCACCAACAGCAACAACUGCAGCAACAUCCCCAUCAAUUUCAACAGCAGCAAUUUGUUCAACAGCAACGUUUACAGAAGCACCAAAGUCAGCAGCACCAGCAUCUGUUGAGCAAUGAUGCAUUUGGUCAGUCUCAGCUCACAUCUGAUCCUAGCAGUCAAAUGAAGCGCGAGCCUGGAAUAGAGCACCAUAAUGAUGUUUUGCACUCACAAACCUCAGACCACUUCCAAAUAUCUGAAUCACAAAACCAAUUCCAGCAAAAUGUGGUUGGAGACCAUUCUAGGAAUGCACAAACUCUCCCUCAUCCAUCUGGACAGCAGGACAUGUGCUCAUCAUUGACGCAAAAUUCGCAGCAAAUGCAGCAGAUGUUGCAUCCACAGCAGUUGGUUUCAGAGACUCAGAACAAUUUUAAUGGCCUUUCUGUUGGGACACAAUCAGAUUCGGCAUUGCAGGGUCAAUGGAAUCCACAAUCUCAGGACCGGACUUGCAUACCAGGGAGCGUUUCACAUGAGCAGCAUGUCCAAGAGGAUUUCCGCCAGAGAAUAUCUGGACAAGGUGAAGCUCAGCGUAAUAAUUUAGCAUCAGAAGGAUCCAUUGUCAGCCAAACAGUACCUCCUAGAAGCACAUCAGAGCCCCAAAAUUCAAAUGGUGUCACCUAUAGGUCUGGAAAUGCUAACCGUGACCGGCAAUUUAGAAAUCAACAGAAGUGGCUUUUGUUCUUGCGGCAUGCCCGUCGAUGUCCUGCCCCAGAAGGUCAAUGUCCUGACCCUAACUGCACUACUGUCCAAAAAUUGUUGAGGCACAUGGACAGAUGCAACUCCACUCCGUGUCCGUAUCCCCGAUGCCAGCACACCAGGAUAUUGAUUCAUCACCAUAGGCAAUGCAGAGAUGCAGGCUGCCCUGUUUGUAUUCCUGUUAGAAAUUAUCUAGAGGCACAAAUAAAAAUACAAAUGAAGGCACGCACUCUUCCAGCCUCAGAUUCUGGUUUGCCAAGCAAAGGUAGUGAUACUGGAGACAAUGCAGCCCGAUUGAUUUCAAGAACUCCAUCAAUUGCUGAAAGCUCUGUAGAUCUACAACCUUCUCUAAAACGAAUUAAGAUAGAGCAAUCUUCCCAAACUCUUCAACCUGAGAGUGAAGUGGCUGUCAUAUCAGCAUCUGCAGUCAGCGAUACUCAUAUACCCCAGGAUGUCCAGCACCAAGAUCACAAACAUGGUGAUAAUUGUUUGCCAGUUAAGCCCGAGUACAUGGAAGUGAAGUUGGAAGUACCUGCAAGUUCUAGACUAGGAAGUCCUAGUAAUAGUGAGAUGAAAAAGGAUAACAUGGAUGAUGUCAGCAGCCAAAUGCCUGCAGAUGAAUCCAUGGUACAUGGUGAGCCUGCCAGUUUCACUAAGCAGGAGAGCAUUAAAGUUGAGAAAGAAGCUGACCAACUUAAGCAAGAAAAUCCUAUGCAGCUUGCUGAAGCUGGAACCAAGUCUGGGAAGCCAAAAAUAAAGGGGGUAUCAUUGACUGAACUGUUCACGCCUGAACAAGUGAGGGAGCAUAUUACAGGCCUCAGGCAGUGGGUUGGCCAGAGUAAGGCUAAGGCAGAAAAGAACCAAGCAAUGGAGCAUGCAAUGAGUGAGAACUCUUGUCAAUUGUGUGCAGUUGAAAAGCUUACUUUUGAACCACCACCAAUAUACUGUACACCCUGUGGUGCUCGUAUUAAACGGAAUGCAAUGUAUUAUACCCUGGGAGCUGGUGAUACACGGCACUAUUUCUGUAUUCCAUGCUAUAAUGAGGCUCGUGGGGACACUAUUCUUGCUGAUGGGACUGCUAUUCCAAAGGCUAAACUUGAGAAGAAGAAAAAUGACGAGGAGACUGAAGAAUGGUGGGUUCAAUGUGACAAAUGUGAAGCUUGGCAACACCAAAUUUGUGCAUUAUUUAAUGGUAGAAGGAAUGAUGGUGGGCAAGCUGAAUAUACUUGUCCUAAUUGCUACAUAACAGAGGUUGAAAGAGGAGAGAGAAAGCCCUUACCACAAAGUGCGGUUCUGGGGGCUAAAGAUCUGCCUAGAACAAUACUCAGUGAUCAUAUAGAGCAGAGAUUGUUUAGGAGACUGAAGCAGGAAAGACUGGAGAGGGCCAGGGUGCAAGGGAAAAGUUUUGAUGAUGUUCCAGGAGCAGAAUCACUUGUAGUUCGAGUUGUUUCAUCUGUUGACAAAAAGUUGGAAGUGAAGCAGCGUUUUCUUGAGAUAUUUCGGGAGGAGAAUUAUCCAACGGAAUUCCCGUAUAAGUCUAAGGUCGUUUUACUGUUUCAGAAGAUUGAAGGUGUUGAGGUAUGCCUAUUUGGCAUGUAUGUUCAAGAAUUUGGAUCAGAAGCUCACUAUCCAAAUCAGCGUCGUGUCUAUCUUUCUUAUCUGGAUUCUGUGAAGUACUUCAGACCUGAGAUUAAAGCAGUGACUGGAGAGGCUCUCCGUACAUUUGUUUACCAUGAAAUUUUGAUUGGAUACCUUGAUUACUGCAAGAAAAGGGGUUUUACAAGCUGCUAUAUAUGGGCUUGCCCUCCAUUAAAGGGUGAGGAUUAUAUCUUGUAUUGCCAUCCAGAAAUCCAGAAAACGCCAAAAUCUGACAAACUCCGAGAAUGGUAUUUAGCAAUGUUACGAAAAGCUGCCAAGGAAAAUGUUGUUGUUGACCUCACUAAUUUGUAUGACCAUUUCUUCAUAUCUACUGGUGAAUGCAAGGCAAAGGUCACAGCAGCUAGGCUGCCCUACUUUGAUGGGGAUUAUUGGCCUGGUGCAGCUGAAGAUUUAAUCUAUCAACUUAAUCAAGACGAAGAUGGGAGAAAACAAAAUAAGAAGGGAUCUACCAAAAAGACCAUUACAAAAAGGGCUCUAAAAGCAUCUGGCCAGGCAGAUCUUUCUGGUAACGCAUCAAAGGAUCUGCUACUGAUGCAUAAACUUGGUGAGACAAUUUGCCCUAUGAAGGAAGACUUUAUCAUGGUUCACUUGCAGCAUUGCUGUUCCCAUUGUUGUAUCCUAAUGGUAUCGGGCACCCGUUGGGUUUGCAACCAGUGCAAAAACUUUCAGAUUUGUGAUAAGUGUUAUGAAGUAGAACAGAAACGUGAAGAAAGAGAGCGACAUCCCAUCAACCAAAGGGAAAAACAUGCAUUCUAUCCUGUUGAAAUCGCUGAUGUACCUGCUGACACAAAGGAUAAAGAUGAAAUUCUUGAGAGUGAAUUUUUUGACACAAGACAGGCAUUUUUGAGUCUUUGUCAAGGAAACCAUUAUCAAUAUGACACUUUACGCCGGGCUAAACACUCCUCAAUGAUGGUCCUUUACCAUCUCCAUAAUCCAACUGCUCCUGCAUUUGUGACAACAUGCAAUAUAUGUCAUCUUGACAUCGAAACUGGUCAAGGCUGGCGUUGUGAGGUUUGCCCUGAUUAUGAUGUAUGCAAUUCUUGUUAUCAAAAGGAUGAGGGUCUGGAUCAUCCUCAUAAGUUGACAAAUCAUCCAUCCCUGGCUGAGCGUGAUGCACAGAACAAGGAAGCUAGGCAAUUGAGGGUUCUGCAGCUAAGGAAGAUGCUUGAUCUUCUGGUGCAUGCAUCCCAAUGCCGUUCUCCGCUUUGCCAAUAUCCUAAUUGUCGCAAGGUGAAAGGUCUUUUCCGGCAUGGGAUACAAUGCAAAACUCGUGCAUCUGGAGGCUGUGUUCUGUGUAAAAAGAUGUGGUAUCUUCUUCAACUUCAUGCUCGUGCAUGCAAAGAAUCAGAAUGCCAUGUUCCGCGCUGCAGGGAUUUGAAAGAACAUUUGAGGAGGCUCCAGCAGCAGUCUGAUUCCCGACGAAGGGCUGCUGUGAUGGAGAUGAUGAGGCAGAGAGCUGCCGAGGUUGCUGGCAAUUCUGUGUAA